CAACAAUCCAACUUUAAAAUUUCCGAAGCCACCAAGAGGAAAGUAUUAUUUGGUGGAUAAAGGUUAUCCUGAAAGAGAUGGAUAUUUAACUCCCUACCCCAAGACGAGGUACCAUCAGUCAGAGUUCCGUGGUGCAAAUCCGAGAGGAGUUCAAGAGAUUUUUAAUAGAGCACAUUCCUCUUUAAGAAGUUGUAUCGAGAGAGCUUUUGGUGUUCUUAAAGGUAGAUGGAAGAUAUUGCAAAAAAUGCCAAGAUAUUCACUAAUGGAUCAAAACAAGAUAAUUUGUUCAUGUUUUGCAUUGCACAACUACAUCAGGAGAAGCACAAUAGUAGAUCCAGGCUUUAAAUUUAUUGAUGAGGAUCCUGAAUUCAUACCUCCGGAUGUAUUUGAAGAUGUUGAAGGGGGUGUUACACAAGAUAAUGCAAACAUUCGAAGUCAAGAAAUGAGAGUUAUUCGUAAUAAUAUAACUUCUAGCUUGAUGGAAGCUAGACGCAUUCAUAAAUAAUUCUU